UUAUUUAUUUACAGCACGCGUUAGCUGGAUUAGUGCUGUUCUGUAAGGCACUAAAUUUUUCAAUAUUAUAUUAAAAAUUAUUCAAAAUGAGGAUAGAAACGUGUUAUUUUUGCUCCAGUAAAAUAUUUCCUGGUCACGGAAUGGUUUUCGUAAGAAAUGAUUGCAAGAUAUUUCGAUUUUGUCGGUCCAAGUGUCGCCGAGCAUUCAACAAAAAGAAGAACCCGAGAAAGGUCCGCUGGACUAAAGCGUACAGGAAAACCCAUGGAAAAGAAUUAACCAUCGAUCCGGCGUUCGAGUUUGAAAAGCGCCGAAACGUUCCGGUCAAAUACAACAGAGAGCUGUGGAGUAAAACUUUGGACGCCAUCAAAAAGAUUACCGAAAUUAAGGAACGACGUGAGAGGCACUUUGUUAUGGAACGACUACGGAAGGCACGGGAUCACGAAAUUCACAACGAUAUUGUGGACGUACAGAAAAAUAUCGCACUGAUCAGAUCCCCGGCGAUUGGUCUAAAAGAACGGCGGGCCAAGGAGAACGCUCAGCAGUCGGCCCUGCUAAUGGACGUUGAGGAUGAAGAGGAACAAAUUGAGUAUGUCGAUGCACGCCAGUUGGAGAAACAAUUGGAGGAGUCAUCCGCUCAGCUGCAUGACGUAGAAAUGAUGAAGGCCUAAGCGAAAGUAUCUUGUAAGCCUAUCUGAAUAUCAUUUCAUUAAAUAAUGAAGCAAAAUGUUAAAAAUAAAAAGUUUCUACUCAUAUAUAUACUA